ACAGGUCGUAUAUCUACCACACCAGCUGGGCAACGACCACGAGGGAUACAUGGACGAGGGAAGGAAAGUGAUCUCGGAUGACUUCGCGCGGCAGCUCAGCCCGGAGACGGCGCUCCCCGUGGCGGCGAUCAAGACCCUGAUCGGCGUCAUCAGGAGGAGCACCAACACCACAAUCCGCGGGAUGGAGGCCGAGCUCAAGGAGGCGAUCCAGCUCAUGGAGGACAAGAUGGAGACUGAUAGCCCGGACAACAGCAGGAGCACGAUAUCGCUGACCAGCGGGUGCCAGCUUUUCCUCCGACACGUAUCUCGCUUCGUCGCCGAGUCGGUCGGGGAGGAGGGCUUCGACGAGUCCUGCAAGCAGCAGUUGUUGCACAGGGGGGAGCGAUUCGCGGAAGUUUCCGAGACCAGUCGAGAACAGAUCGCGCGCCUGGGGCACAACUUCGUUAGGGACGGGACGGUGGUGUUGACGCACGGCUACUCGCGGUGUGCUCUCCAUCUUUUGCUCAUGGCCGCGGAAACAAAGGUCACUUUAGCGUGCUCGUUGCGGGAGGGGAGGCCGGACGGGGCGGGGUUCAAGGCCGCCGCCGCGCUCUCGAAAGUUGGGGUCCCCGUGACGGUGGUCUUGGACUCCGCUGUGGGGUACCACAUGGAGAUGGCGGACUUGUGCGUGACGGGCGCGGAGGGGGUGCUGGAGAACGGGGGAAUCGUCAACAAGGUUGGGACGUUUCAGAUGGCGGUACUGGCGAAGGCUUACAACGUCCCCUUCUACGUCGCGGCGGAGAGCUACAAGUUCGCCCGCUUGUUCCCCCUCGACCAACGAGAUCUUCCCAAGGGCAAGAUCCCAAGGGCGCCGUUCGCCGCGCCAGAGGGCACCCCAGAAAGCGUCGCCACGUUCAGUCCGUCGGUGGACUACACGUCGGCCGAGUACAUCACGCUUUUGUUCACCGACCUCGGGGCCCUCACCCCAUCCGCGGUGUCCGACGAGCUCAUCCGCUUGUACGGCGAGGCAUGAGAGAGGGAGGAUUGUCUGUUGACGGGAUGUUGUAUCGAUGAAAACGACUUGGUAUGAAGUUUCUCUGACUGUGAGUGCCGUGUUGAAGGUUUUCGAAUGGGCUUAUUUUCGCUUGGUGCAAGGAACCGCGUGGGCUAAGGGUACUCGUUUCGCACGAGAUUUGGUCAGGGUCAGUCGUGCUUCGGUUGUUGGAUGUUUGAUCAAGAAACGACUUUCUCGGGUCAUUCUCUCGUGCACGCAGCAAGCAAGGCCAGACGAGGUCGAGGUGUCGGUCUGGGCGACGGAGUGGACAGCUCGUUUCCAGGGCAAAUAGUGGUCUGGUCUUACCUGGUUGUCUUGAAAAGCCCCAAGCGAAUUCUGUGAGGAUUUUACGAAGUCGUAGAUACGUGACCAUCGUCUCGUGUGGCCGAUACGAAAGCUUGCCCGCCCGCAAGGAAUAAGAUAGUGUGCCAGU